CGAACGCUCGCCUCGCACGCUCUGUAACGUGACACGAAGCGCAUGCGCACGCGAUAACCCCCACUGCGCACCGCACGUGCUCCAGUGACCACCUGAUGAUACGCUGACGCCCACGAGAAAAUGCAAGAACAAAGCACCUCGAAGAACAAGACAACACUCAACUCGCUGGAAAGUGCUAUCAUUAAACUGAAAAACAAUCUCCAAAUUCAAGACACCAAAACUGAUAUGAAUGGACCUACCAACGAUUCGCACGAGGAUAAACCAAGUAAGACAAAUUCACCAAACAGUUCAAAUUUAAAUAUAUCGAUAGCAUCCGCUGCGUUGUUACAAGAGAAUAUGUUACAAAGAUCAUUACAAGGUGUUGUUAUUUCGCUUCAAAACGCAAUGAUGAACUCGUUGCAGCAGGCAGCGCUGUUGCCGUCCAAUUCGGCCGCUGCUGCAGCGCUUAAUUUACAAGCCUUAGAAUCUUAUUUGACGUUGCAACGUCUCACUUCAGUAUCAUCCGUCAACAACCCUCAACAACCUGAUAGCACUUCGCCGAAGCAAGAUAUUUUGAGAAUAGCGACGGCCAGCGCUAAAAUAAGCGAAAUAGACGCCGACACUAGUUUGAAAGUUGCCUCGCCGAAGUCAUCGGAAGAGUACCCUUUACCCGAUGCGAUUGCUGCAGAUGACGUCGACUUGUCUGAGGAAGUGGAGGAAGACCUAGCAUUACUAGAUAAUGAGGAUGAAUUUACUUUAGAACAACACUUAGAGGCCACUUCAAAGAGUUAUAGCUACAAUUCCUCAAAUCUAGAUAAUGGCUACCCAAGUUUGCUAAUGAAUGCUAUGUAUCAACAACAAAUGAAUGUCCCACCUCAGUCUGUAUCCCCACCGCCUAACUCUAGCUCAAAAUCAACAAAUAGUUCAACAUCUUCGACCAGUAGUAUAACAAAUAAACAAAAAACUACGAGCAGUGGACCUAGAACAAAAAAACAAUUUAUAUGUAAAUUUUGUAACCGACAAUUUACAAAAUCAUACAAUUUACUAAUCCAUGAAAGAACACACACUGAUGAACGGCCGUACUCCUGUGACAUCUGUGGGAAAGCAUUCCGACGGCAAGAUCACCUAAGAGACCACAGGUACAUACAUUCCAAAGAGAAGCCCUUCAAGUGUCUCGAAUGCGGUAAAGGAUUCUGCCAAUCCCGAACUUUGGCGGUCCACAAAAUCCUACACAUGGAGGAGUCACCCCACAAAUGUCCGGUUUGCAGCAGAAGCUUCAACCAGAGAUCGAACUUGAAGACCCACCUCCUCACACACACGGACAUAAAACCGUACAACUGCUCGUCUUGUGGAAAGGUGUUCAGACGGAAUUGUGACCUUCGACGUCACAGUCUCACCCAUAAUCUUGUUGGUAUGGCACCUGUGAGUACCUCGCCUAGUGGGAGUAAUGGGAAGAGUCCACUUUUAAAUCCCAAUUUUCCAAUUGACAAUUUAGAUGCGGAAGAUGAUUAGUUUAAUAGAAGACUGAUUGAAGUGCCUUAAUAAUCUAUUGUUAAGAAAUGUGAAAUUAUUUUAGCGAUACCAUGAGUUUGGCAUAUUCUUUGAUUUACGAUAGUAUCUACUACUACCUUUAUGUUAACAUGUUCAUAAACCUUAUUGAAUGCUUUUCAGCAAUAUUUUAAUAAAUAUU